CAAUUUUCCCACCGACUGAAAUCUCUGCGAUAUAGCAUUACUCAGUUUCUGUUGAAGUCAUGUCCCCCCCUCCCGAUAAUAGCGUAGCUCACAGCCCUUCAGAAAAGGAUUCGUCCUCUGAACAACCCAGCUUGUCCGCCCGCGACUUUGCUGCCACGUCAGCCGUGACCGACACUCCAGCAAACAAUGACCCAACCGGUCCUUCUGGCGAAUGGCAAAUCGUUCAGAACGUUGCCGGUCGGACCUCACAAGAAAACGACAGUAAGAGUCUGGACACAGCGAAGACCGAGUCCGCAACGUCGUCAUCGCAAAGCACAAAUGUCAGUCCCUCCGCACCAUCUACUUCAGGUCCUACUGAAGUAGGUCCUGAGACAACAACCAAGACACCUGUGGAUCGUCCCCUUGAGGCUCCGUCCAUUCUUCUGGAAUCGCGUACUAUUACUGCUGAGAUUGAAUUUGACGUCGAUCUGGAGCGUAAAACCUGGUACAGGAGUCCCGCGUUUGGCCAUCCCCGAGAGGAAUGGAGGGUUACUUUGGACCAGGAUCGGAAGACGGAGCAAGUUGGAUGUUUCCUAGAUGCAAUCAUUGGCUCUGACGAAUAUGAGAAACGCUCUGUAGAGUUCACUUUGAGUUGGAAGCUGAAAUCUGAUCGCGAAUACUUACAUAGUAAAAAGAUUGAAUAUUCCUUCGGCUGGCGUUCCACUGAUGAUCCUGGUCGGGGUGCUCCUGAAUGGAUUCCAUUAUCGGUCUUUCCAGCGAACGUGAUCAUUAAAGUGGAUCUGGCUCCCAAGAAGAUUGUCGACAAGGAUGUGAAAGUCGAGAUUCGUGCCAACCCGGAGGCUGUCGAGCCAGAAAAGGUCUUGACUAUCGCGAAGUCGAAGCUUUACGCAAAGGGCAACUUGUUUAGUUACAUGUUUGAGAGUGGUGGAGAAGCUGUGGAUGGAUGCAUAUUCGAUGAAUCAGUAAACACUUUCAAAAUUAGUGGAUACUCUGUCGUGGCAGUCGAAGAGAUGAUCUUACACCAACGCGAGGAUGCCUUUGCCUACAUGCCGAAAGCGUACGAAAUGGACGAGUUGAAGGAGAGAAUACGUCUGGCAAGGUUUUUUGGCGCCCGGGAUUGGCUUUCAGAACUGGUUGCCUCUUUUCGUCAGGAUCAUCUGAAUCACAAAACCGUAAUGGAGCAUCUCAUGUUUGCUGUCGCAGAUGGGGAAGAGAAAUGGGAGCUCAGCAAGGAAAUCUAUCAGGAGCUAUGCAUGAAGUACAUGGACAGGUAUCCAAGCCGUUACAGCACCACAGGACACUUUAAUAGACUGCUCCCGGUGAAUCUGAAGCCGAGAGAAGCCUUGCAACUUUUCGAAUUGGCUUUUGACUACGCAAACAUCGGCCUUGAGAAUACUUGCUUGGAAUUUAUCGACACCAAUAACUUGAGCAGGGAAUGGAGGGGGUCAUACGCUUUUGCCAAUUACGGAGUGAUGACCCUGAUUCCGUAUAUUGUAGAACGUGGUUUGACCACCCUAAUGCCUGAAUGCAUCGAAGGUCUCAAACAUAUUGAAGGUGAAUAUACGGAUCGUGAAUACUGGCUGGAGGGAUUCAAGUAUUGCAAGCGAUUCUCCGGAGUGGCAGUCGUUAGGAAUCUGUCCGUUGCGGCACAAAACAAUUGUCCUCGACUCGCGCGCAUACUGUUGAAAUGGGCCAAAGAGAAUCUGCAAGAAUUCAAGAAGGAGAAAGGUUUCAAGGAUGCCGUUGCCGGUCUUCCCAGUGCUAUGGUCGUGGAACUUUUAGCUUAGUACUUGGACGGGCAUAUGUUAGGAUCUAUUAUUGCGCGAAUUAUAUGUUAGGGUGGUGGAUUGCAGAAUGUCAGGGAGAAUAAUGUAUAUCAUUGAGUUGUAUAUCGCUUAGUUUGUAUAUCGCUUAGUUGUAUGUCGCUUAGGUGUUAUGAAAUAAGAAG